AAACUUGGCGCGAAUUAAACGAGCCACGUGUGCGCGGUUUAUUAUUCGGAGGACCCCUUUCAACCCUUUAUCACCGAAUUAUUUUAUCAAGCGUCUCUCAGCGUCUUCAUAUCUGGGGGACAAUCGAUUAUGAAUUUUUCAUUUCAUUUCUCGGAUCAGCGGAAUUAUUACCGAUGUCGUCCUCGGUAUUUCGUCCAUUCCUCUGGCGGCGUGCCGCAAGAUUUGCAUUCCGGGUUUUCGCAAAUUGCCGGAGCAAACCGCUACUGUUAGUGACCGAUAAGUGGAGGCAGCUGAUCAGCUGAUCGCGGAAUAUAUAAAGCGUCCUGCGUACUGUCCGUGGUCAGUAGAUAUUUAGCUGGCCAUCCUGUGCACCUUCUCGGGAGGACUCGGUUUCGUCGCUAAAUCUUGCGGUGUAAACCGGUCGAGAGGCGGAUUUACCCUUCGUUAAGAGGAUGUCUUUUGAUAAGGCGAAAUUCCACCCGCGCGUUCCCUCCAUUUUCAUCUGGACAUUUUAUUCGGGAAGUAAGUGAGAGAGUGCUUGAUAAUUAUUUUUAACGGCAAUUUUUUCCCCGAAACGGUGAGAGGGCAAUCGAUGAUUUUUUUUUUUAUGACAUUACUGCCUCUAGACACUUUAUUUUUACAUUUCAUUCGGGAUGUGUAGUUUAUUCAAACAAUAAUUAUUUUUAACGGCAAUUUUUUCCCUGAGAAACGGUGAGAGGGCAAUCGAUAAUUUUUUUUUUUAUGACAUUACUGCCUCUAGACACUAGAUUUUUGUAUCGUCGAUCGAUCUCCGAUAUCGUCACCUCUUCGAGUAUUUUCAAAACUAUGAAUCGAUUAAUUCAAUUGCGUCAAAAGGGCGUCGAUAGUGAUCUCGAGUACUUCUGAUCGCCAUUUAGAUAAAUCGCCUAUCGGCAGUGAUUUGGUGAUCGAUGAUCGAUAGGGUUUGAUCGAAGUCAUGAAAUCGGUGAUGCAGAAUGUGGGGCGACUCUUUUUCAACUCUUCUUUAAAGAGACUCUCCAACUUUGUAAAUGACGAUAAAUUAUGUAGACUAAUCGCAUAAAAGCUCUCCUUGACUUCUCGCAAGAAAAAUCCAAAUUUUCCGCAGAGUUUCCUCAUUCCUAAUUCGCCUUAUCAGUGAACCCUCGAUAGGGUCGAAAUGGACGGAGAAAUCCCCAGAAAUUCGUGUUCGAAUGGACAGACACCUUCGCCGGAUAGCGGCGAAGAUCAAAAGCUCUUAUCACCGUGGAAUCGAAGACCGAUCAUCGUGCAGCCGCCGAAAAGUCCGAAUGCCUCGUUCAGAAGCAGGAGCAGAUACCGACCUGGUCCAGUGCGGAAGCUGCGUCGUCGAGCGGUGUUAAAAAACGGAGAGUGCAACGUCCUCCAAUCCAGGAUCUCGAAGAGAUCCCUGCGCUUCCUGCAGGACAUCUUCACGACCCUGGUGGACACACAAUGGAGAUGGACGCUGCUCUGCUUCAUCCUCAGCUUCCUCCUCUCUUGGCUAGGGUUUGCAGUGAUCUGGUGGCUGAUCGCCUUCACCCACGGGGACUUCGAAGAGAAGCACCUUCCGCCCUUCCAGGAGGAAAACGACUGGACCCCCUGCGUGCACAACGUCUUCUCGUUCACCAGCUGCUUCCUCUUCUCCAUAGAGACCCAGCACACCAUCGGUUACGGGAGUAGGUCGACGUCGGAGGAGUGCCCGGAGGCGAUCUUCGUGAUGUGCAUCCAGAGCAUCGCCGGGGUGAUGAUCCAAGCCUUCAUGGUGGGCAUCGUCUUCGCGAAGAUGACCAGGCCGAAACAGAGGACCCAGACGUUGCUCUUCUCCAGGAACGCGGUGAUCUGCCAGAGAGACGGCCAGUUUUGUCUGAUGUUCAGGGUGGGCGACAUGAGGAAGAGCCACAUCAUCGGAGCCACCGUCAGGGCGCAGCUUAUCAGGUCCAGGACCACCAGGGAAGGGGAAUUCCUGUCCCAGAACCAACAGGAACUGAAGGUCGGCACCGAUGGGACCGGUGGGGACCUCUUCUUCAUCUGGCCCAACACCAUCGUCCACAGGAUCGACCAGGAGUCGCCGUUCUACGACAUGUCCGCCGAGGAUAUGCUUACCGAGAGAUUCGAGGUCGUGGUCAUCCUCGAAGGCACCAUAGAGUCCACUGGACAGACUACUCAGGCUAGGAGUAGCUAUUUACCCCAGGAGAUCUUAUGGGGCCAUAGAUUCGAACCUGUGGUCAGCUACUCCAAGGAGAGGCAGGGAUACGAGGUCGAUUAUUCCCUGUUUGAUAGCACCACCCAGGUUGAUACUCCACUUUGCUCUGGGAGAGAGCUUGCCGAGUUCUACAGGGUCCAGGAUGACCUGCGACAUGGGACUGGUUUCAUAGUAGACGAGGACGGGAUCGCAGUGGAUCCCCAUCGCGACAUCCUCCACCGAUACUCGUCCUGCCAUCAGCCAACAUCCUUGCUUCGACAUCCUGAAAGAACAAGAAGCACAGCCAGCGUGGACAGCCUGGAGGACCCAGGAAAGUUCUUCGAGUACCAUCCCCAUUGUUGUCAUCCCCAUCACCCAAGGGAGCCGAUGAAAGAAGUCUUCAGGGAGUCCUACAGGAUCCCAGAGGUGGACCCAGACGCGAUCCAGGUGAUGGCAGAGUCAGACCUCAGGAACCUGCCAGAAGCAGUUAACAGGGAGAUCCUGAAGAACAGCAGAGAGAUCGUCUACGAGGAGGAGAUCCCAAGGGAAGAGAGCGCCCCCCAGGUGAGAGUGAUGGCCAAGAAGGGAAUCCAGAGAGUCCUGCAGGACGAGGAGCGAAAAUCGCCCAGCGGGUCCAGGCGCAGCCUGGCGAACAGGGGGACGACCCACGAAGAGGAACGCAGGUCCUUGAACGGGUCCAAGAGGAACCUGAACCACGGAAAGAGGUACAUCCUGGUGCUGGAGAAGCCUGAGUCCUGGAGCGAGAACGGGAGGCACUGUUGCUGCAGUAGGGAAGGAUCAGUGGGGACCAGGAGGCACACAGGAAGCAGGGAACGACUGGAGUCCAUCGGGAAGACCGUCCUGGGAGGAGCCAGAGGGUGUAAAGAGAGUCCCGAAGAACCCAGGUCCCGCAGGAGGAACGAGGAUGUUUGCUUGGAGGUGUGUCGCAGGUCCUCGGACGAGGUCGCCAUUGAUGUCGAGAGGACUUCCAGGUCGGGGCAGGGUCCUGUCCAGGAGGUGAUCCCGAGGGAUAGACCUAGGACUAGAGCGGGAUCGGCAGCCUCCGAGGACUCUUCUAGUCCAGACUCGACCAGGAGGGAACCGCUCCAGGUGGAGUGCCCCAGGAAUCCUGAUUUGACCCUCAGGGAGAGUGCUUCUUCUCCUUCGGAGUCCAGGUUUGCGGGGUCGGAUUCGUCUCCUGAGUCGGGAUUCGUUGGUAGCGAUGGGCUAAGAGUCCAGGAGACCGCGGAGGCGAAUUCUGCGCUGCUGGAGGUGGACACCGCGCACAGGAGUCACAGGAGGAGCUAUGAACACGCACAGUUGCAGGAUGUUAAUGAAGCUUUGAGCGGGUCCAGUAGUGGGAAUAGUGAAGAGGAGAGCGAAAGGGCUCCUUGCAUCUCCAGUGAGAGGGAUGAGCCCUGUGUUAAGCGGACCGUUUACACCAGUGUCUGACCAAGGCUUUUGGAGGGACCUUGCGAGGUCCCUUAGAUUCUUAAUUAAUUCAUCAUUAAUCCGCGUCAUUAAUCUCGCCUGGUCUUCAAGUGCCUUAAUUAAUUCCAGAUUUUUUAAUCUUUCGAGGAUGGGUGUCCUAGAACUGAUUCUCGCGAGUGCUCCUACACAGAAGACGUUUGUCGAUCGUCGUAGAUCGUAAUUAUUUAUAAUUCUUGCGUGAAGGAACCGUAGAGAACUUUCUUCCUGAUUUCCAAAGUCGUCGAGGGUCUUGCUCCGAUUUCAUGAACUCGACGUAGAGGAGCGACAAGACUCGUCCAUCUUGUAAAAUGUGGACGACUGCGGUGUAGUGUUAAGUACUUCUUUGAGCCUCUUUAAGAGCACUUCUUUUUAGACAUGAGUUUGUCCGCAGCUUUUCUCGUAGUACGUCGAUGAACAAUUGUACUCGCGCUUGUACUUUUCGCCUGUAAAUAUUUAUUAGAUUAUUAUUUUUGUUUUUCUUCAAAUCUUGGGUCUCGUGAAUUUCGGAUUUUCCGAUUUUUCGGCCUCUGCGUUCCACGGAUGUCGGCAUCCUUUAUCUUCCCGCGAUAGUGAUUCGUUAAUAUUAAUGUUAAUAUGAAUAUUUAUUGCUACCGAGGUUUACCGUAGCACGUGUUAUUUGUACAUAGUCGGAGUAGAGAGGUGGAGUCGACGGAACAGGUGCGACGAAAAUCGGGAGGCGUUUUUUCAUUUCCGAGCGUACACUUUAUUUUUUUUUCCUUGUGUACUUUCUGCGUAAUUGCAUAAUUACCCCCCGUAAUGCGUAAAGACGAUGCAAUACCUAUGCAAUCUGCCAACAAUGUCGAACAAGUGCCACCGCAAAGCGUGAAGUAAGCAUUAAAAAAUCCUCAUUGACGUCUCUGCAAAUUUUGGUACAGUUGAGUAAUGAAGUACUCGAGCAGAGUCCUAAGUGAACAAGGACCGGAACUCGAGGAUAUUUCUUACGACCCGUAAGGUCGAAAAUCAUACAGAAAGGUUUGUCAUGAAUUUUCCGCAAGUUUUUCCCCACGUGGACGCACCUCCACCGAAGUUCCGACAUUCCGAAUAAAAGUCCGCCCGAUCGUGAGAUCGAACCUUA